AUGGCUAUCAAACGAAUUCACUUCCUCGUUCACGGCAGCGUGCAAGGUGUCUUUUACCGCAAAUUCGCAGUAGACGCAGCGAGAAAAUACUCACUCACCGGGUUCGUGCGGAAUAUCCCAAACGGCAAAGUUGAGGGCGAGGCCCAGGGGGAGGAGAAUUUAAUCAGGCAGUUUGUGAAGGACCUGGAUAAAGGUCCGGAGCUGGCAAAUGUGAUUAGGGUUGAUCAGAACGAGAAGGAGGUGGUAGAUGGGGAGACAGAGUUUAGAAAGGUUAAGAACCCGAGGUGA